GCCUAAGAUAGAAAAUCAGCACUUUUUAUGAGAACUCUGAAUAGUCUGGGUAUUUGUGUGAAUCAGAUUAGAUUGAUUUCUGUGGGACUGGUUGCAGAGCAGAGUUCAAGAGACAGGGAGUUGUUGACCCAAAGGAAAUACCUCCAAGAAAUGGGUACAUGUGAUAUAAUCAUAAGGACAGUCACAAAGUUACCACAGCUUGUUUCCUGGAGCUAAAAUCAUCUUCAGUGUGAAAAGACAAUGAAGUUACUGGGGUAAAUGCUGGCUUGUAACAUUUGAUAUCAAAACUUAAAGGACCCAAAAUUUAUUUAUUUGUGUUUCUUGCUAAGUUGGCCUCUAGCCAGUUUGAUAUGUAGAGGGGUAUCUAGGAAAUCCAUUUAGUCCCAAAAAGGGUUUUGUUCCAAAAAUUUUUGAUCCACCAAAGACCCUAAAAUUCUGUAAUUAGGCAUUCCUUUUGAAGCACAUGUGGACUAUUCUUGGUUGUCAACUUGGCUACAUGUAGAAUUAAAUAAAACCCAGAUUGCUGGGCACACCCGUGAGGGAUUUUUAUUUUCUUAAUUAAAUUCUUUAAUUUAGAUCUAAUCUGUAUCUUUGAGGUGGGAAGACCACCAUUAAUCCUAACCACACCUUCUGCUGGCAUCCUAUAUAAACGACAUGGAAAAAGGAGGCACUCUCUAUGUCUGCUAAACCUGUUGCUCACCUAGCAAGUCCAUUCUUUUACUGGUAUUAUAGCCUGCUUCUUCGGGAUCGCAGUAUAUAUGGAAGACCAGCUGAGACAUCCAGCCUCAUGUACUGAAGAACCAUAGGAUUCUUGGACUUUCCAUUGAAAGACAGUUAUUGUUGUUCUAGCUGGAUUACAGCCUAGAACCCUGACUAACACAAGGCCUGCUCCUGGAGCCUGGAUCAAGGAAACACUCAGAAGCAGGGCACUGCAUUACCUUUGAAGAUCUGCAGAAACAAAACAUGGAAAUUCUUCAGACAGGUGUAAAAGUUACCUUUUCCACAGGCAGAAAGAAAGAUGACUGCACCCCAGGGUCACGACCACUGAGAAUCCUCCUAGUGGGCAAAUCUGGCUGUGGGAAAAGCGCCACAGGGAACAGCAUCCUCUGCCGACCAGCAUUUGAGUCCAGACUCAGAGGCCACUCAGUGACCAGGACCAGCCAGGCAGAGAUGGGCACAUGGAAGGGAAGGAGUUUCCUAGUGAUAGACACGCCACCCAUCUUUGAGUCAAAGGCCCAGAACCAAGAAAAGGACAUUGGAGACUGCUACCUGCUGUGUGUGCCAGGACCCCAUGUACUGUUACUGGUGACCCAGCUGGGACGCUUCACAGCCCAGGACAUCACAGCCGUGAGGAGGGUGAAGGAGAUCUUUGGGGCAGGAGUCAUGAGGCACAUGAUCAUCCUCUUCACCCACAAGGAAGACCUGGCAAAUGAGACCUUGCAUGAGUUUGUGACCCACACUGACAACCAAAGCCUGCGCAGCCUGGUCCAGGAGUGUGGGAGGAGGUACUGUGCCUUUAAUAACAGGGCUUCUGGGGAAGAGCAGCAGGGACAGCUGGCAGAGCUCAUGGUCCUGGUCAGCAGGCUGGAGCAGGAGUGUAAUGGCUCUUUCUACAGCAAUGACCUCUUCCUUCAUGCCUCUGUGUUCCUUAGUAGUAACAGCAGUGAGCACCAAGAAGCCUACAGGUGCUACCUGGCCAAGGUGAGGCAGGAGGUGGAGAAGCAAAAGCAGGACCUGGAGGAUCAGGAGGGCAGCUGGGUCCUCAAAGUGCUUCUCAGAGGCACAGGCUGGAUGGCUGUGCAUGCUGGGACUUGUGCUAGUUUUGCGUUGUCCACACUUAUCUUCCUUGUCAUUUUCCUGCUCAUAUAUUUUAAUGUUUGAUGCUCUGUAGUUUAAAGACAUUUCUAAAGCAUCUUGUCAGGAUUCUUUUCUAUAAACAUCACCUUCAGAAAACCA